GAGGAGGAGGAGGAAGAAGGGAACGUUUGCAGGCAGCAGGGAGUGUGCGGCCGCAAAGGAGCCGUGCGAGGGAAGGAGGAAGGUCUCUCCCCGCUGCCUCCGGAGCGGGCGUUGAGGACGAGCGUGGGGACAGCGUGGCAGGGGCUGGCCUGCUGUCCCCUCCAUCCCCACCGGCACGCUUUAAAAGACGAGGGCAGACAAUCCCCCACCCCCCCCAACCCCAGUCUGAGCAGCUCCAAGGCAGCCUCGGCCCUUUGUGUGCUGCCAGGGGGCUCUGCCCGAGCCAGAUGCGCUGGCAGCUGGGGCUGGGAAGCAGUCGGGCGGAUGACAACGACCCCGGGAGACAGGAGGAGAGUCCAAGGGAAUGACCUCGAGGGGGAACCCACAAGAUGCAGCCAAGUGUGACAAUGAACCAUCUGGGGAGGAAGACAAAGCAAAGCUCUGCCUGAAGGCACCAGCCCUGCCCGGGCUGUGAUGUGCUCUCAGCAGUGGGGGCCAAGCAGGACAACUGGCAGCAGGAGCUGAUCGGUGCCAGGAGCUCGCAUGGAGCAUCUUGUCCCUUUGAUGCUGUCCCCACCUGGCUGUGGCCUCAUUCCCCACUCCAGAUGCAUCCUGUGAACCUUUCCUGCCCGGGAGGAAGCUGAUCCCACCAGCCCAAGAUGAGACCCUUCCACCCCAGCUCGCUCCUGCUCUGCCUGGUGGCCGCUGCUGCCAUCCCCAUCGUGCCCUGGAAGGUCAAGUGCCCACCGCAGUGCGUCUGCCAGAUCAGGCCCUGGUACACCCCCAGCUCCGUCUACAGGGAGGCUGCCACGGUGGACUGCAAUGACCUCUUCAUCUCCACCGUGCCAGAAGACCUCCCAGAGGGGACCCAGACCCUGCUCCUGCAAAGCAACAACAUCGCCAGGCUGGAGCAGAGCGAGUUGGACUACCUGCGCAACCUCUCGGAGCUGGACCUGUCGCAGAACAGCUUCUCCGACGUCUGGGACCUGGGGCUGAAGAGCAUGCCCCAGCUGCUCAGCCUGCACCUGGAGGAGAACCAACUGUCUGAGCUGCCUGACGCCAGCUUCCCCGGGCUGGGCAACCUGCAGGAGCUUUACCUGAACCACAACCAGCUGCGCAGGAUCGCCCCCGGCGCCUUCUCCGGCCUCGGCAGCCUCCUGCGCCUCCACCUCAACUCCAACCUGCUGCGGACGGUGGACAGUCGCUGGUUCCAGAUGCUGCCCAGCCUGGAGAUCCUCAUGAUCGGAGGCAACAGGGUGGAUGCCAUCCUGGAUAUGAAUUUCAGACCUCUCUCCAACCUGAGGAGCUUGGUUUUGGCCGGGAUGAACCUGAGGGAGAUCUCUGAUUACGCUCUGGAGGGGCUGAGGAGCCUGGAGAGCCUCUCCUUCUACGACAACAAGCUGGUGGACGUCCCCAAGCAGGCUCUGCAGCGAGUCCCCGGCCUGAAGUUCUUGGACCUGAACAAAAACCCUUUGCAGAGGGUCAAGCAGAGCGACUUCACCAACAUGCUGCACCUCAAAGAGCUGGGCCUCAACAACAUGGAGGAGCUGGUGGCCAUCGACCAGUUCGCCCUGAUCAACCUCCCCGAGCUGACCAAGCUGGACGUGACCAACAACCCCAAGCUCUCCUUCAUCCACCCCAACGCCUUCCACCGCCUGCCCCGCCUGGAGACCCUGAUGCUCAACAACAACGCCCUAAGUGCCUUGCAUAAGCAGACGGUGGAGGCCUUGCCCAAGCUGCAGGAGAUCAGCAUCCACGGCAACCCCAUCCGCUGCGACUGCGUCAUCCGCUGGGUCAACAGCACCCAGCGCCGCAUCCGCUUCAUCGAGCCCCAGUCCACCCUCUGCGCUGAGCCCCCCGACCUGCAGAGGAGGCACAUCCGAGACGUCCCCUUCCGGGAGAUGACAGACAGGUGCCUGCCUCUCAUCUCCCCCAAGAGCUUCCCCUCCCGCCUGGAGGCGGCGGAUGGGGACAAUAUCUCCUUGCACUGCAGAGCUCUGGCGGAGCCCGAGCCGGAGAUCUAUUGGGUGACCCCCGCGGGGGCCAAGCUGCUGCCCUAUGCGGAAGAAGGGGGCUGCAAGGUGCACCCCGAAGGCACCUUGGAGAUCAGGGGGAUCUCAGCUCGGGAGGCAGGGCUCUACACCUGCGUGGCUCACAACCUGCUGGGGGCAGACACCAAGAGCGUCAGCGUCAGGGUCAACCACUCCUUCCCGCUCGCCGAGGACAGCCUGGAGCUGGUGGCGGUGGACGUCCAAGCCUACCACAUCCUGGUUGCUUGGAAGCCACAUCUCAACACCGUCUCCUCCAACCUCACCUGGUCCAGCUUCUCGCUUGGCUCCCGCUCGGACGCUCCCAACGUGGCCAGGAUCCCCACGGGGACCCACACGUACAACAUCAGCCGGCUCCAGCAGGACACGGACUACUGGGCCUGCCUCCACGUGGCCUUUGUAGACUUGCAGGCCAAGGUGGCUUGUGUGAACACCAGGACUAAGGAGGCUGCCCACCGCUACCGGCUCCUGGAGAGCAGGCAGAGCCUCCUCACCCUGCUGGCCCUUUGCCUCCUGCUCCUCGCUGCCAGCCUCGUAGCUCGCUAUGGCGUCAGGGCAGAGCCCAGGAGGGAGCUGCUUGGAGGUGGCACAACCCUGAGGGUGGUUUACCCUCCCUUCAGCCAGCCCUGGGCUGGAGGGCAGCGUGGAGGGCAGCUCCUGGCCGUGGAGGUGCAAGCAGCACCCCUGGACUGCUAAAGGCUGCU